AAAGAUCAGUUCCCGACAUGUGUUUCCCGGACCAAGCGCUCACGGCGAUCCACCAAAGAACCUAAGUACUGGUGCACGUCCUGUGGGGAAGGCUUCGGCGAAAAGUACGAUUGGAAGCGUCAUGAGGUAGUCUAUCAGGAAUGGACUGAAACAUAUCAUUGUGAUAAUUGCGACAAGGUAUACCACUUAGACAAAGACUUUAUACAUCAUCACCAGAAAAGCCACAGAUGCCGCACUUGCGCGGAGAAACAACAUCUCGAAUUGGCAAGGAGGAAACGAAAAGGAAGAACUGGUUGGGGAUGCGGCUUCUGUACCAAAUAUCACUCGGACUGGACGGAACGAUGUAACCAUAUCGCCUGGCAUUUCGAGAAAAAUGGAGAUACAAUGGAGAAAUGGAAGCAUUCACGCGUGAUCCUUUCGUUACUUCAGCAGCCCUACAUCUGGCAGGAAUGGAUGAGGCUACUAGACGCGAAGCAAGAGACGAAUCCGAAUUUUGGUUGGAAGAAACAAAAGACAGGCCGUGCUGAAGGAUAUCCCGACAGCGAUCGUCCUCCCCACCUGCAAGACCUCUUGGAAUUCUUUGAGCCUGGUCAAGACGCAGCGCCUAUUGUCAAGUUGGCGUACAACUUGGGCCAUCGCUCC